UAUAAUAUUGUGAGAAGGUGGCAAGAGCGGGAGGGAAGUGUUUGUUGUGGAAGUUGGGCGCCAAAACUGGAGCCUGGCGACGUCCUCCUUACUGGGGGUUAAGUCCUGCAUCACCAUGCCACCCAACAAGAAGAAAAGUAAGGAAGCAGAGAAAGGAAAGGUAAAAGAAAAAGAAAAGGAGAAGGUUACAGAACCAGAAAAAGAUGUGGUUGAAGAUGUCGAAAUGGAAGAGGACGAUGACGAAGAUGAUGAAGGAGGAAUCCGAAUUGGGGACAUAUACCUGCCCCCGCCACCACUGCCAGCUUGUACAUUUGACAGUACAGGUCCUAGAUUGGUUAUCACUCAUAUUGAAAAUGAGUUUUUCAAGAGCUAUGCUGGCAGACAGGUUCUAGGACCAUUUCACAAAAGCUUCACAUCUAUUGUUGGGCCAAAUGGAAGUGGCAAAAGCAAUGUUAUUGAUUCUAUGCUUUUUGUCUUUGGUUACCGCGCUCAAAAAAUUCGAUCCAAGAAAAUAUCCGUUUUAAUCCACGACUCUGAGGAACAUCAUGAUGUUCAGAGUUGCACAGUUGCUGUUCAUUUUCAAAAAAUCAUUGACAAGGAUGGUGAUGAUUUUGAAAUUGUUCCAGAUUCACAGUUUGUUGUGUCCCGCACAGCUUUUCGUGAUAAUUCGUCCUUUUAUCAGAUAAAUGGAAAAAGAUGUCAAUUUAAGGCCGUUUCAAAAGAACUUCGGGCUCAUGGUAUUGAUCUGGACCACAAUAGAUUCUUGAUUCUUCAGGGUGAAGUAGAACAGAUAGCCAUGAUGAAACCCAAGGCCUUGACAGAGCAUGACACUGGCAUGCUUGAGUUUCUAGAGGACAUUGUUGGAUCAUCGAGAUUCAAAGACCCUAUAGAAUUACUGUGUAAGAGAGUAGAGGAACUAAAUGAAGCACGAGGGGAGAAGUUAAAUAGGGUGAAAUUAGUGGAAAAGGAAAAGGAUGAGCUAGAAGGGCCCAAAGAAGCAGCCAUAGAACACUUGAGACUGGAAAAUGAAGUAACUCGGAAAAAACAUUCUCUUCUUCAGUGCUAUCACUUGGACUGUUCUCGAAGAAAGGAAAAGGCAGAGGCAAAGAAGCAAGAGAUUGACGAAGGCAUGAGCGAAGUGAAAAAAAAGUUAGAGGAGCUCGGUGUAAAGAAAAAGGAAAAGGAAGAAGAGAUUAAGACUUUAGGCAAAAAAUUAGAGAAAAUUAGUAAAGCAAAGGAUGAGUGUUCAGAAAAAUUUAAGGCCUUGGAGAGUGAAGAUGUUAAAAUGCAAGAAGACUUUAAACACAAGAAUCAGAAAAGGAAGAAACUAAUGAGUCAGCUUAUAACUGAGAAGAACAAAUUGGAGGAGCUGAAGAAAGUGCCAGAAAAAAAUGAAAAAGAUAUUGAAGAAUGUGAGAACCUGAGAGAUGAACUGGAAAAUAACAGGAAGAAGGAAGAGGAAACAUAUCAUAAAGUUAUGUCUACUCUCAACUCUGAGACCCAGCAGUUGCAGGAUGAAAAAACUAAAUUUGAAACAAAACUUAUUGACCUUAGAAAGGAAGUUGAUGAAGCUAAGAGUGCAGUUGAUAUCGCUCAGUCAGAAUUAGAUAUUUACCAGAGCACAGAACGAAGUGAAAAAAAGAAACUUGAACAAAUUCUUGCUGGGUUAGAGAAGGCACAAAAUACUGUCAGUGGUAGAAAAGAUGAAAUACAGAGUUUGAAAGAUAGUAUUCCAAAGUGUGAUGAACAGCUAAAAUGUGACAUGCAGAAACUCCAACAACUGAUUCCUGAACAGCAAAAGAUUGAGGAGCAACUGCGAUCUCAUCGAGUAAAGCUGGAAGAAACUCGCAGUGCAAUGCAAUCGUCACGAUCUCGGGGAAGGGUUUUGGAUGCUAUUAUGGCACAAAAAAGUAGUGGAAAUAUUUCUGGUGUGUUUGGUCGCUUGGGUGACCUUGGUGGCAUUGAUGAAAAAUAUGACGUUGCAAUUAGUACUGCAUGUGGGCCACUGGAUAAUAUUGUUGUUGAUUCAGUGGAGACUGGGCAGAAAUGUAUUAACAUUCUUAAGAAAAAUAAUGUUGGUACAGCUACCUUUAUAGCUCUGGAUAAGAUGGAAAGAUGGAGAAACCAAUGUGAGAGAUCAAUGCAAACACCAGAAAAUGUACCCCGCCUCUUUGAUUUAGUAAGAAUGAAUGAUGAUAGGGUGAAAACGGCAUUUUAUUUUGCUCUGAGGGACACCCUGGUAGCUAAUGAUUUAGAUCAAGCGUCACGGAUUGCCUAUGGAAGGGUGCGGCAUCGUGUAGUAACUCUGAAAGGAGAGUUGAUCGAACCUUCUGGUACGAUGAGUGGAGGUGGAAGGUCUGUUAAUCAUGGGCGCAUGGGUAAGCAAGCUACCGUUGUAAAUAUUGAUCCCAGAGAAGUUGAGUGUGUAGAGAAGAGAGUAGAUGAGUUAACACAGCAGUCUGUACAACUUCGCAGAGAUCGGACACAACUUGAAGAAUCUGUCCAGAAGCUAACAAGGGAUUUGAAGUCAAUGCAAUUAGAUAUUCAGAAGUACAAAAUGGAAGUUGAUGCAGCUGAGCAGCAACUUGUAUCUCUCCAGAACCAGAAAAAACAACAGGAAGAAAAAGUUAAAUCUAUUAAACCAGAUCUAGCAAAGAUAAAAAAAAUGGAAAAGAAUAUUGAGGAGAAGAUGAAGAUCUAUAAAGAAGCGUCAACUUCAGCUCAAGAAGUUGAAGCAGAAGUGACUAAAAUUCACGAUCAAAUAAUGGAGGUAACUGGAGGGAAAAUGAAGGGUCUCAAGAAAUCCUUGGACAAUGUCAACAAAAAACUUGAGAAGGUUAAUGUAGAAAUUACCAGGCUUCAGGUGGCUAUCAAGACUGCUCAACGUAAUACCAAAAAAACUGAGGAAAAGAUAGCUGGAAUGGAAACAGAAAUCACCGAGGUACAAAAUGAAUUAGUUAGCAUGCAGGCUAAGCGUACUGAGAUUGAAGGAGAAGCUACACAAGUGCUGGAGCAGUUGCAGACUGUAACGCAUAAAUCAGUGGAGUUUGAAGAAAAAGUUGGUGAAUUGAAGGCUGAACAUGAGGUGUUCGUCAAGAAAGAGAACAAAAUAAAAUCCAGUAAAAUUGAGAUUGAUCAGGAGCUGGAGAAAUAUGAGGGUAUCAUCAAAGAGAACAAGGCUAAGAUGUCCCAUUGGAGUAAACAGCUGAAUCGACUUGAGCUGACAGAGAUUCCAAUUGAUAAAGAUGGUGAGGACGAAACCGAGCUAGCUAUCCAACCACCAGAAGUUCUUGAUAAACUGGACCCAAAGCAGCUUCAGUAUCAACUGACCAUGUUAGAGGAGAAGCUGUCACAAUCAAAACCAAACUUGGCUGUUGUUCACGAAUAUCGUAAAAAGGAAGAGAUCUACUUGCAACGCGUAGCUGAACUUGACGAGAUUACUCGUCAGAGAGAUGAGCAAAGGAAAUACCACGAGGAUCUUAGAAAGCAGCGUCUAAACGAGUUCAUGGCAGGUUUCACCAUUAUAUCCAACAAACUCAAGGAGAUGUAUCAGAUGAUAACUUUAGGUGGAGAUGCUGAGCUUGAGUUGGUUGACUCCCUUGAUCCAUUCAGUGAAGGCAUUGUUUUCAGUGUUCGUCCACCCAAAAAAUCUUGGAAAACUAUUACUAAUUUAUCUGGCGGUGAGAAAACCCUUUCAUCGUUGGCACUGGUAUUUGCUCUCCAUUACUACAAACCAACGUCUCUUUACGUCAUGGAUGAAAUUGAUGCUGCACUUGACUUUAAGAAUGUUUCCAUCGUUGGCAAUUACAUUAAGGAACGCACAAAGAAUGCCCAGUUUAUCAUCAUCUCAUUACGAUCACAAAUGUUUGAGUUAGCAGACAGACUAGUUGGCAUCUACAAGACAUACAAUGCCACCAAGUCUGUAACUAUCAAUCCAUCUAAAAUAGGUGUUAGCAGCAACAACAGUGAAAAAGCCAACACUGCCUCUGGGGGUGUGAACCAGACACUUGUGGUACCUCCAACUUUAGCCGAGAGUAGAGCUUAGAAAAAAUGUAAAAUAUUUUAUAACUAUUUUUAUAAGAAUUUUUUUGUUUUAAGGGUCUUAUUGCUUUAUGGUAUAGUGAUUGUAAAUCACAUUAUGUAUAUUUUAAAAUUCAACCGUAUUUGAGGGUAGGGGUGGCUGGAUGACAGUAUAAAGAACUUUGAAUUAAAUUAAGUGUACAGUAUAUUAAACAUUUCCAUUGAAAUUUAGUUAUCUAUAUAAAUAUUUUGAUACAUCUUGAAAUAUGUGUUUUUAAUAGGAAUGCUACAUUACUUAUCUUUACUGUCUGUGUUAGAAUGAUUGCAAUGUCAAGGUGUUGCUGCCGUGUUACGAGUGAAAGAUUGUCCUGUGAUCUAUUCAGAUGUCUUCAGGUCUUAGACCACCAAUUUUUGGGUUUCACAUUUCUCUAAAAAGUAUGAUUAAUAUAUAUAUAUAUAUAUCUGAAAGUGAAAUUCAAAUGUCCCAUGCAUUCAAUGAACAUUUAAGAUUUUUUUUUUUUUGUGAUGUACAUGUUACAGUAAUGUUAAUGAAAGAAGUAAAGCAGUGUGUAUGCCUCUGCCUACUGGCAACAUGUAUUUUAUAAUUAUCCUUUAUAAGCUGUAAGGUUAAUUUUUUUUUAUUCUUUAAUUUGUAUGCAGCUUUAUUUAUUUUUAUUUUUUUUUUUUUUUUACAUGUAGCUUUAGAAGCACAGUAUUUAAUCUCAUCUUGUGCACAUUUUAAGAAUUGUAUCAACUCUUUUCUUAGUUUUAUUUGUUAAUGUCUACUCACUCACUCGCUGCAUGAAGUAUGUAAAACAGACAUCUAUUAUACAGGCCACAUUCAUGUUUAGUUCUGUUGGAUAAAAAUUUUAUUUUAUCAUUCCUUUUUAUGUAAUGUAAAUUCAAUAAUCAUUGAAUAUGCUAAAUUUUGCAAACAUUUUGUAUAUACAGUACUGUAUUUACAGUAAUAACAAAAGUUGAAGGAAUAUUU